AUGGCUUUUCUGAAUAUUUUUAAACAAAAAAGUGGUGAUGAAGCUUCACAAUUGACGACGAAGGGAAGAAAAGAAAUUUCUCAGUCGAUCAAAAUAUGUUCAGGUGAUGACGGCGCUGAUCAGCACGAUUGUACUGGUGAUUGUAAAAUAGAAAUUGAUGAGGGAGAGCAGGCCUUUGCCAAACUAAAGAUUGAACACGAAACUCCCUUAUUAAAUUCAUCUAAGACACCAAAAAUUCACUUUGUUGUGCCUACAUCUCAAGUAGAUUGGCAGCAUGAUGCUUGCUUAGAGGAUCCAGGAUCUGUGCAGUACAAAAUCUCCCAAUGGUGUAACAGUAACUCCGACAAAUAUUCGAACGUGGGUACAGGAAAGACGUUAAAUUGUGCGGUUUCUUCUCUACCUAAAGAUAUCAUGGAUAUACAAGUUAUGCGGGGAACCAAGAACAAUGUUCUUGUCCUCCCUUAUUUCAUCUGGCUGAACGGUCUUAAGUCGGAUAACGUCGCGGAAACCUUGGACGAUUUGGUCCCUGCUUUAUUGAACAAUACUGUCUCGAGGGAGAAGUUGCUAGAAACACGGCCAAAUAUAUCAGUAGCACGUGAACGUGCAUUUGUCUUCAUAUGCUCACAUACCACAAGAGACAAAAGAUGUGGGAUUACCGCCCCAUAUUUAAAAAGGGUGUUUGAUGGUAAAUUACAAGAGCAUGGUCUAUACAGGGAUAAUUCUGAUUAUAGGCCAGAUGGCGUUAAAAUUGCGUUUGUUAAUCAUGUCGGUGGUCAUAAGUUUGCAGCGAAUGUUCAAAUCUAUUUGCAAAACUCUAAUACCUUAAUCUGGCUGGGGAGAGUAACGCCAGUUAUCGUCCCUUCCAUUGUGGAGCACCUGAUAGUUCCCGAAGAACCUAUGCUUCCAUUUCCUGAGAAAGUCCGUUGCAUCAAGAAAUAUCAAAGCUGGUAA